UUAGCUGCAGUAAUAAAGUGAGGUGUGUUGUGCAAGCUUUAUUGAGCAGGCUCGGUCUUUCUUCUUCUAUUUCUCUAUGCUCAGAUGAACUGCUAGCCCUGACGUCUAUUGCAGACUCUGCUAGAUCAGUAUACUGGAAUAAAGCAAGGAUACAAACUUGUACUGUCCAACAACACCUCUCCUGGACUUCAAAUGAAUAUGCAAAUGAGAGGCGGUUGUUUUUGUUUGUUUAUCUCGGUUGCCCUGGUGCUACUUGAGCUGAGCUCUGCACAGGGGAAUCAUGAAUGGAGCGGGUUUGUGAAUACAUUGCAAUCAUCAUUUGACUAUCAGUGCCCUGGAGGGCUGGCUGUUACAGGCCUUGCAAGCAUUUUUGAUGAUCCUGUUAAUGAUAGGAGGUGGGAAUUUUCCUGUGGAACUGGAGGAAAUGUUGCCAAUGUUUCUUCGCAAUGCAUACUCCAGAGUCCAAUUCAUGUGAUAAGAAAUGACAUAAACUAUGAAUGUCCAGGCAAUAGUUACAUGUCAGGCUUUAGUGCAGCUUAUUCUUUAUCAGAUGAGGACCGCUUAUGGAGCCCGUACUGUUGCAGCAGGAACUAUUCGACAUUAAUAAACUGUCACACUCUCACUUCGAACUGGGAAAAUCUCCUAGAAGGUGAUCUAAACUGGACGACGACAAGCGAUAGAGUCGUGACUGGAAUGACGAGCUUCUUCUCAGCAUUUAAUAGGGAUCGAAGGUGGAGAUUCAAGCAGUGCAAAAUACAAGUCAGUUGUGGUGAUCCAGGCAUCCCAGAGAAUGCUGUGAGAGAAGGAGACAGCUUCCUUUACACAGAUACUGUGAGAUUUACAUGCAACAAUGGAUAUUACCUUUACAGUGGGGACAAUGAGAGAACCUGUCAAGAUACAGGACUGUGGAGUGGGAUACAGCCAACUUGUACAUUGUGUACUAAUAUUGAGAAUUGUGCUGAUAUAAGGUGUACUACUGAUUCUGAUCAAUAUUGCUUUGAGUGUGAGUCAAAUUACGGAGCUGCCCUGGGAGAGAGUGCUUAUAGGAAUCUCAACACAUCUUGUGAAGCAUACUGCUCCUGGUUGGGAGGUUUCUGCUAUCCAGGGGACUGUCCAGUUGGCCCUACCUCGUGUAAUUGUUCCGCAGGUUUCUCGGGCCCUGAUUGCCUAAACAUUGAUGCAAGGCCUGAGUUGGAGAGUUGCUCAUUUUCCGUGUCAUCUCUCUCAUCACCAGUAGCCUGUUCUAUCAAUCAUACCAAUGUGUCAUACAUUAAUACCAAUCCAACCAGUCUCACUGGCAACUGGGAAGCUUUAUAUAAUGGUCCCUCUCCUCCUCCACUGAGACCAGCUUACGUUGAUGGGUAUGCUGUUGGAAUCAGUCAAACAAUGAUAAUAGUAUCAGUAUAUAGACAUGACUCUUAUCCUACUGAUGCAGCAAGUAUGACAGAGCAUGAGUGUAUUACUGCUGACGUGUCUCAGGACGCUCCUUUAUCUUCACUGGUCUCAUGCACUGGAUCAGCCACUGCUACACAAUUACUAAAUCACACAUUUCUGCAUGGUGACUGGAUUAAACUCGAGGCUUUUAUCAGUAAUGGAGGCUACCUCAAUAUCACUAACCUUGAUACUAACGACACAGUGACCCAUUAUUAUGCCGGAUCACCAAUAUCCCCUUACUCCCUCCUGCUCCUUGACACUCGGCCUCCCGUCCACUGUUCCGUUGUACCCUCCCGUACUUGUCUAACGGACCAAGGCUCACCACUAAGGGAGAGCCUUAUUCACGAUGACCUCUCGGUCCUUUGGGGCGGGUGGGGGGACGAUCCGGCCGGGGUUCAAAAAUACGAAAUUGAGAUUUACAAGUUAGUUUAUGAUUCUGGAACCGAACUAUUGGAUAAAGCAGCCUCUUCGUCGUUUACUGAAGAUAUCGUACAUGAUGGCAGCAGUAACAGUUAUAGGAGAGAGUACUCACUCCCUGAUCAAGGUCCUUACUCUAUUGUCCUCAUUAUUACUGAUAAUUCAGGCAAUGAUCAAUACACGAGGCGUAUCAUUGUCUAUGAUGCCGACAGUGAACUACUUGAAGAUAGUUCUUUCCCUCUUAUAGCCGUUGGAGGUUUUCCAGAGACGAGAGGACCUGCUGGUAGCGGCUAUUGGCACAACUCGACAACAGUACCCAUCACUGUGAGUGGAGUCGGACACUUUUAUAAUACGAAUCUCAAGACAUCGAAUUGGUUGGCUCCGGUUGCUAACCACACUCCCCCUAUCCCUUCAAUUUAUGACGACACUGAUACUGCCGGGGUACCUAACGCACUGGGCAUCACGUCUCUAGCCUAUACCUACUUUACUGACGAGGUGGGAGGAGCAUCUCCUGGAGCGAUAGCUCAACCUGCUACCUUCCUUAAUCCAACUGACGAUCUGUCUCUAAGUGCCGUUGAAAUCAGUGUCCCUGAUUUAGAAGAUGGGGUAUCGGUGAGCAUUUGGUUUGAGGCAAGGGAUUUUAAAGAGAAUCCGCCAGCACACGAAAAGGUUCUCGUCCACGUUGACUCCAGCCCCCCUGUACUAGGGGGUCUGGGAUUAAUGAGAGAGGGGGUUGACGAGUUGUUGGUACUCUACGGAUCUCAGGCCCUGGAAGAUCUUGUAAUUCUAUUUAAUGCCCGUGACGAUCACAGUGGAUUGUACGAGAUAGAAUGGAGUAUUGUCAGUAAUGGAGUAACGAUAGCGAGAGGAGACAUUCCUAUUACUAAUUAUGAACGGGAGACGUGUUUAGUUGAUUCAGAUUGUGUAUGUGAUUCCGUUGGUCAUUGUCACAAAGUCUCCUACUCCUUCUCUCCUCCCUCCUCCUCCUUCCUCUCCUCUCCACUAGCAAAACACGACACGGACUACCUCAUCAUCGUCACGGCAACAAACCACGCCCAGCUCUCAACGACGCUGACUCAACAGUUUACAGUUGAUCUGACCCCGCCCCUAACCGGCUCCAUAUUCGAGACGACGGCUAACCGUAACCUCCUUGAUAUUGACUAUACAUCAUCAAUGACUUUCAGUAUAAACUGGAGUGGAUUCUUUGACAGAGAGACAGACAUUUUACUAUACCAGUACAUAGUCUCCUCGGGCUGCUCUCCUCAGAACUCAUUCCAAUACCCUGGUACCGGAAUGAGUCUUUUGAAUACCAAUAGCACCAGCGUCAUAUGGACUGCCUCUACCCCUGGGGUGUAUCAUACAACAGUAGUUGCCUAUAAUAAAGCUUACUUACCAUCAAGCCCUGUUUGUUCUGAUGGCAUUAUUAUCGAUCAGGCCCGGCCUCGGUUUGAGGGCGUGGUUAUUCCAGGAGGCGUGGUUAGAGAGGGGUUGGUUCGGUUGGAUAGUGGGGAGGUGUGGUUUAUUGACGCUGAUAGAGAGAGGUCAUUGGUGGAUGGAUACGAUACCACCUGUAUUAAUAACAGUGCAUUAAUUAAUAGUGAGCAAUUGGACACGAUACCCAUCAAGUAUAACAAGUCAUUGCCAUUCUUAGUGCCUCCUUCUCUUUGCUCUCUCUCCGUUCCAUUCCAGGAUAUCAUUUACACUCCGUUGGAUACUGCUCUUAAUAUAUCAUGGGUCGUCACUGACGAAAACGGUAUCUAUGACUACCAGAUAGGUGUGGCCAGCAACCAAUCUGGCCUGCCCGAUAUCCUUCCUACAGUAAGUACUGGAAGACACGCCCACUUUACUGUACAGGGAGAAACUUUUAUGAGUGGAGUUAGUUUUUACGUUGCUCUUGAAGCAGUUGAUUUAUCGGGUCACACGAGCUCUGUCCUGGUUGGUCCUGUUAUAAUUGAUACCUCUCCUCCGAUUAUUAAUGAUAGUAUCAGUCUAGCCCCGCCCACCUUUGAUAAUGAGUUCUAUUUGAUUUAUUGGGAGGAGGAUAGCUUCUAUGACAAGGAGGACUUGUUUACAUUGGAUAGAUACGAAUAUGCUAUUGGUCGGUUUCCUUAUGGUACUGAUGUCCUUCCCUUUUCUUCCCUCCCUCCUCCCUCUCCCUCCUGUCCCCUCACUCCUUACUGCAUUACCAUACCUCUUCACUCCCUCCUCCCCGGCAACCAGUACCACGUCACUCUCAAGGUCUCGAAUACUGGUAACCUAGCAACCUACGUACCAGUAGACCCCUUCAUCGUCCCGUGGCCCCUUCAAGACUGUCUCUCUGUAUACGAACAUGUAGACUCUGCCCCCUUCUACUCCCUCCCUCAGUCUAUUGAUAUUGAUCUUAUAUUUACUGAUGAUCCUCCUCUUACUGUUUCUUGGAGAGGGCUAGAGGACUCUCAUUUAGAUGCUCGGUUUUUUGUGGCUUUAGGAACGCGGCCAGGUCUAACUGACGUGGCUGGACUCAAACCUGUACCUCUCGGCCGUAACAGCUACACUUUUAACGGGCUUUUAUUAGAAACAGGAUCUAGUUAUUACUCUUUAUUAGUAGCUAAUAACUCGAUUAGCAGUGUCAACCAAACAUCUGAUGGUUUCUUGUAUCUUCCACUGACUACUGAUAAUCAGUUGGCUUUUAUAUGGGACGGCUGGUCAGACCUGUAUGACGAGGACUACCAGUUGUCCAGUACCGCCGUAACCUGUCACUGGUUUUAUCCCGACGCCAUUACUAGCCACUUGUCUCAUUAUGAGUGGGCAUUAUUUAGAGUAUUGGGGCAUGACAGUUCGAAUGUGUCGCUGGUUAGUGAUUACAUUAAUACAGGUCCUAAUGAAUAUGGAAUGAGAUUGAGUGAAUUGGAACAUGGUGUGAUGUACCUCACGGCUGUCAGAGCUUGUUUUAAGAGUGGUUGCUUAGAGCCAAGGUUUUCCGAUGGGUUUUAUGUGGCCACACCUCCAGUCACGCCCACAACGGCUCCGCUAAUAGCUGAGUAUGGUAAUGGUGUCCUUAAUGUAAAUUGGAGUGGUUUUGCUGAUCCGGAAUUAGCUUAUUAUGAGUGGAGUAUAGAGGGAGAGAGAGAGGAAGAGAAAGGAUUAGUAAGAGACUGGGAGCGUGUUGCAGCUAAUGUCACGCAUAUUAGUCUCUCGUUUCCAUUGGAAACAAGCCCCUCCCACCAAUGGACCUACUCAGUGAUUCUCAGAGCUUUUAACAGAGCUGGCCUGAGCUCAAGUGCUCGAUCGUUAAUUGCUAUAAUUGAAGGGGCUUCCCCAACAGGAUACAUUGUGUAUGACAUAAACACUAAUAUUCUCAUACCUACGGCUGAGGACUGGAUGAGUCAAGAUUUCAGUGUCACCACUUAUUACGAUAUUGACCACACCCCCUCAGGCCAUACCCUAGCUGCCGUUUGGCCCCAGCUACGCUUUAAAUCCUAUCAGUACUCAAUUUCUGAAACUCGUUCCUUCAUUCCUUGCCAGGAGCCUUACCCAACUGCUUGUAACGAGACGAUUAAUAAUGGAGCCGUUGUGUCUGGUCUCGAUCUAAGUCAUGGACGUGUUUAUUAUUUUUGUGUUCGUGGUUUGGCAGAAGACGCUUACAGCCCCUCCCCCUCUGGCCCUCGUACAGCCACUGUCUGUAGUGAUGGUGUCGUUAUUGAUCUGACUCCGCCCACUGGUGGGUGUGUACAAAUUGUUCCGGUUCAUUCUAUUGAGGAACUCCCUGAGCUGAAGAGUGAGGAAAGAGUGCCGGUAUCUUCUGGAAGCGGCCAGGAGGAGGGUAGACCAGGAGUCAGUGGUAUCUAUAGUUCCUGGGCUCAUUCCUGUUCCGAUCAGUAUGGGUCUCAGUCUUCUACUUCUGAGCUGAGACUGGUCUGGGACUGGUUCCAAGAUAUAGAGCAGUAUAGGAAUGAGCCUUUUGUUUAUGGGGUUUCGGAUUAUGAAUAUUCUAUUGGCACUAGUCCUGGUCAUCAAGAUAUUGUUAGAUACACGUCAGUGGGUGUGGCUAGAAGUGUCAUAGUGUCUGGUCUAUCAUUAACUCCUGGAUUAACUUACUAUGCAAGCAUCAGAGCCACUGAUCAAGUUGGUCGUAAAACAAUCAUUACUUCACAAGGACUAACUAUUGAUUCAACCCCGCCCUCUUUUGGGCGCGUCUGGCUGACACCAGAUACAAUACCCUUGAACACAACACAAGGUCUCCGCCCAAACUGGGACCUCAUAAUAGACCCUGAGAGUAACGUUGGGGCCAUACAAUGGUCACUUGGAUCUGCUUCUGGUCACAGUGAUAUCAUACCAUGGACUAGUACUAACAGUACUGUGUCACUGUCAUCUCUUAUUAAUGUCUCACUUGGGGAUGGACAGCCUCUUGUACUUAAUGUAUUGGCUAUAAAUAAUGCUGGACUGUCACUCAUCCGCUCAUCAAGUUUGAUUUAUUAUGAUUCCACUCCUCCUUGCCCCUCUCGUGUGUUUGAUGGACUAAGACCCACAGACUCAGGAUUCCUUGACUUAGACUAUACUUAUAACCACACCCACUUAUCGGCUCACUGGAACUCAUUCUCAGACCCUCAUACCAGCAUGAGUUGGUAUGAAUGGAGCAUUGGUACUUGUCAAGGAUGCGGUGAUGUUAUUCCAUUUGGUAAUGUUGGUUUAGUAACAGAGUCUACUGUUAGAUAUUCAUACCGUCAAGGUGGUUUAUAUUAUAUCAGUGUCCGUGGAUGUAGUUUUUAUUCUGGCUGCACUACUGCUCAUUCUGAUGGUGUCCUUGUUGAUGUGAUUCCUCCCAUUACUCCAGUGUUGCAUCACGGAUUGCCUGGUUCUUCCCUUCAGAUCCAGCCGUCAAGACAUACAUUAAUUGUCAAUUGGAACACUGCUACUGGCUACCAGUCAAAACUCUCCCACUGUUCCUAUUCCGUUGGUACUUCACCUGAUGAUUCCACUUAUCUCCUACCCACGGAAGCACCAGCUUCAAUCAACUCUCUGAUAAUCACGUCUCCGUUCCUCUCGUCUCAUUUAUUACCAGUCAAUAGGACGGUAUAUGUAACACUGGUCAUUACCAGUAGAUCCGGUUUGACCAGUACCUCUCACUCUCCUGGAGUCUUUAUAAGUAAUGUACCGCCCACGCUGAUUAGCACGCCGGUUAUUAAUGUGGAGUGGGCGGGGUCGUUAGUAGGCGGGUCUCAAUACACUAGCUCUGUAUUGAGAUUUGAUUGGAAUUUUACUGAUACUUAUACGUCAAUCACUCAGUAUUUCUUUACACUCUACUCUCACGAAGGCACGUAUCAGCUCAUUAAUGAGAGCCACACCUAUAAUAUUCAAUAUGCAACGAUAGCUAAUUUGAAUUUAAAAGAUGGAGACAGGCUGAGGGGUCUGGUCAGAGCGUGCAACCAGGCUGGGCUCUGUCAGACUGGUUUUACAAACCGGUUUGUACUGGUUGACUCAUCCCCUCCUAUUGAUGGUUAUUUUGCCGUGGGGACGUCCUCUUCUGCUCCUCUCCCUUGGUCUAUUGAGGACGGGAUGAGUUGGAUUAAUCAUGACCACUACUCAUUCUUAAACCUAACUUUUACUGGGUUUUCAGACCGCCACUCGGGGGUUUCCGAAUAUUGGGCGACCGUCGGUUCCGGCUACGGCAUGAGUGAUCUCUUUAGGCCUUCAUCACCUCUAACAGUACGAGAACAUCCAAUGGAGAACCUAGUGUACAUGUCAACACUUCAAUUGUCCCGAGCACUGAGUCUAAGCGAGGAACUGCACGUGUGGAUAUGGGCUGUGAAUGAGGUUGGUAGACAAAGUCACGUAGUUACGGGUACUUUUAAAGUGGGCGGGGACAGUAACGAAGUCGGUAACUUAGAAUUAUUACGUUCUCAGUCUUGCCCGGUGGUCAGUUGCGAGGGUCAUUGCACUUGUAGUGAAAGAGGACAUCAUUGUGAUAGGCCAGUUAAUGCAACCUGCCGUGAAAUGGAUUCUUCUUCUUUGCCUCCUGAUAUGAAUGUGAUCUCUCUCACUCUCUCUUCUCAACUAGCGGCCAAUGUCCCUCCACUCUUUACCACUGUCACUGAUGUAUUAUCAGGCCAUAUACGACCAGUGACCAGCUCACCGUCGUACCAGUGGGUUGAAUGGAGCAUCGGUGAGGCUUCUCAAGGGGCCGGGUCUGGACUUAUUGACUCUUCGUCGGAACCAAUUUGGUUUCCACUCCCCCUGGGGUCUGGUAGGCCAAUAUUUGACGUGAGCCCUCGCUACCCACUGAUUCAAGGAAAUACAUACUCAUUCAGAGCAAGGGUCUGGUACAAUGAUACUCAUUACUCAAUAUUCAGCUCCGAGGGGGCCCUUGUGGACAGCACUAAUCCGAUAGUAUUCAAUGGCUACCGUGUUGGUGAGUAUAACCAAUACUCAAGCAUUGAAAUAGAUUACACUCAAGUUACGAGCAGCCUUCUUGUAAAAUGGAUGAAUGUUUUUAGCAGACGGUAUUCAGGUAGUCAUACCUUGUUUUAUGUGGGUCUGGGUGAUUCUCUAUUAUCUGAUAAUGUCCACAGACUUACUCUAGUUGGUAAUGUCACUUCCUAUAACAUUACUAGCCUGAGGCUUAGAGAUAAUAGGAAAUAUUAUGUCAUAGUUCAAGGGAUUACUCCAAGUGGUGUAUAUGCAUUAUCUGGUUCUGAUGGUGUUAGUGUUGAUACUUCUCCUCCGUUGUCAGGUAGCGUCUUUAUUGUUAAUAAAGGAGCACCUUAUCAUAGCACGUUGGCUAUUUCUAACAGAACAGCCGUAUCUUUGAGGCUACUCGGUUUUCACGAUCCUCAGUCAUUUAUAAGAGGAUUUGAAGUUGGUAUAGCUAAACCGGAUGAGCUCAUUACAAGCUAUGUUAGUAUAGGCCUCAACCUCUCUCCUACUCUAACUGGCCUUGAUCUGGAGGAUGGUAGUACCUAUAGAGUUUCUGUAAAGGCUAUCAGUGGAGCUGGGGCAGCGUCUAUAACCUAUUCAUCACAUUUCAUAGUUGACUCUACUCCUCCUGGUAGUUUCAAUGCCUCAUAUGUACCCAUAGUAACUGAAUCCUUUGAAACAUUAGGAGAAGAACCUAACCUGAAUAUCACUGAUAGUCUACUUAGACUAGGUUGGGAAUUAGAUCCUGGUAGUGCUACGUUCAUUUCUUCUUCUACUGAUUUACAUUCUGCUGCACUUCCUGAUGGCACUGCUGCUAUUGAACUCAAUGGCUGCAUAUCACGUGAUAUAACUACUGAUCCAACACUCCACUAUUACUUGUCAUUCUACAUACUCGUAACACAAGGAGAGACGGUAACAUUUAGUGUUCCAUGUAGCUACAAUGAAGAUGUAAUGUGCAGUAAAGCACUAAGCACUCAACCUCUUGAUUCUAACAGGAGCAGGAGUAGUGAUAUCAUUAGAUAUUGGAGUAGAGUCCAAUACAGUUAUUAUCAACUUAUGGGUUCUGUCUUUAAUUUAAGGAUAUGUUCCCAAAACAGCCCACUGACUAUUGAUAACAUUAUGCUUGAGCAUCAGUCACUAUCAUCCAUUAGUGAUCAAUUAGUUAUCAAAGCUCAUGACUUGGCCCACUCUUCCUCCUUAUCCUCUCUUCUCCUACACGUCUUUGAUCCCCAGAGUGGCAUGCAAAAGAUAACGUAUGCCAUUGGGACGUUCCCAACUGGCAUACAGUUACAAGAACACAGAUACAUCUCACCACUUGAUCCUGUAAUAUAUCCCAACUUAUAUCUACCUAGCAUUGAGGCUAGUAUGACGAUAUAUAUUACCGUUAUUGCCACUAAUUUUGCUGGCCUGACCACUCGCUUUCUCUCUCCUCCUAUCAUCCUUGACCGGUCGCCACCAGUGUCUCUUACUCGUCCGGGGGUUAAGGAGAUCCUGGUCACUGGUGGCCCUGAUAUUGAUUAUACUCUUUCAUCAAGUGUGUGGGUGGAUUGGUCUGAUGUGGUUGAUGGUGAGAGUGGAAUUCAGCAUUGUCAGUGGGGUCUGGGUUCUAGUCAUGGGCUCAGUGAUAUUAGUAGUUUUAAUGUCACUCAUUCCACUUCAGCAGUAUCUACCAUUCUCUCAUUGCCACAUGGUACAGGACUCUACUCCAUUGUAUCCUGUAUUAAUAAUGCUGGGCAGUCCUCAACAUUUAUAUCUGAUGGUAUAACAUUAUUGCAAAACCCUCCCUCCCAUCAGCUGGCAUCACUGAUCAUAUCAAGCCCUGAUUCAUACCAGUAUGAGUCAAGAUCUGGUCAUAUACCCACUGACUCAAUGCUAUUGAUUUGGAGUGGGUUUGGAUCCAAUUUCCCUUUGAGAUAUCAAGUUAGGAUGAUCAGGAGUGAUUCUGCCGCUGGUCUGAGCGAUGAUGAGGGAUGGUGUGAUGUGGGGCCAGUCCAGCAGCUGUCGUUAAGUGACAUGAACAUCAGUGCCAAUAUUGAGUAUGACGUUCAAGUAAGAGCAUUUGUUGUUGAAGGACUAUGGAGCCAGCCUUUGUCUGGUAGUUUUACAAUUGUUCCUACUCCUCCAGUCUGGAAUAAAGGUAUACCCCUUAAUGCCUCUUGGACCGGUAGCAACAGACUCACUCUAGAAUGGAGUAAUGUCUUUUCAUCUCCUUCUUCCCUUACGUACGAAGUUUCCCUUGGCUUCCAAGUGGGCGAUACCUCGUUUCAGAGGUGGGCGUCACCGGUACAGGAAGUCGAGGGGGAAAGAAUUGUAAUUAUCAAUAGAAGAUUGAGGAGUAGUGGACAGUAUGUGCUGGCAUUGAAUGCUUUGAGCAGCAAUGGAUUAUCCACUACUGCUAAUUAUGUACUUGAUGAAUCGAUUGCAAUACCCAUUGACGUAUGAUAACAAUUAAAUUUUAAUUACAUAAUAAUAGUAAUAAUAAUAAUAAUAAUAAUAAUAAUAAUGAUAAUAAUUGUAUUAACUAAUUUUGCACAAACCAUAUCUCCCAUUGGGAAUAUCAAAA